AGAAGAAAAAAAAAUCCCUCGCCACAGUACCGGCAAAGAAGAGUACGUUCCUUCCGGUUCCUGUAGGCCUUGUCCUUGGUAAAUAUCGUCAUUGGCAGGUUUUACCUGAACUCUCACAGUGACAGAGAUGGUUUCAUACUGGCGGCAGGCUGGACUCAGCUACAUUAAGUACUCGGCGAUCUGCGCCAGGGUGGUGCGGUCCGCGCUGAAACCUCAGCUCAGAACAGAAGCCAUCAAAAACGCAGAAGCUAACGUCAAGGUCAAUAAAGUGAAGACGACCUAAUGAGCAGACCCAGAAGCCUGUCGUUCCCGAUGAGAGUCGGCUGACAGAACAUGGUUUCAGUUUAUCACGUGUAUUCCUGAUAAUAAAUUAUGAUUCAUUUUGUCAAUACUA